AUGGAUUCAGGCGAUUGUGAUCCUUCAGAUAAGUCAGUGAAAGGGGAGGAAAGAAAUUAUGUGAGAGAACAAUGGGGGAACAAAGUGGAAUAUGUUCUCUCAAUACUAGGAUAUUUGGUGGGAUUUGCAAAUAUUUGGCGAUUUCCGUAUGUGUGUAUGAAAAACGGCGGAGGUGCAUUUCUGAUCCCAUACCUCAUUAUUCUGUUAUUAAUGGGCACCCCUCUUUAUUUCCUGGAGGCAUCUCUAGGACAAUUUACAGGGAAAUCUUUCAAAGAAGUCUGGAGCUACUGUCCAAUAAUUCAGGGAAUGGCUUUAUGCUAUCAGAUCUUGUUGAUACCCUCCACGUGCUAUUUCGUCAUGCUGUUGACAUGGACAGUAUAUUAUUUCUACACAUCUUUCCACUCGCCGCUUCCAUGGAGCACAUGUGGCAACGAAUGGAACACGCAGUAUUGUUUCAGUGGUCUAGAAGACAAUAUGGAAGGGCUGGCGACGACGAACACGACUGAUUUACUCAAUAGGACGUCUGUUAUGAAUAUGAGCAACAUGAUUUUCCCUUUAAAUGAGUCGUAUGCAUUGAAGCGUUAUAGUGCAGAAGAAGAAUUCUGGCACAACCAUGUGCUAAGCAUUUCCGCUGGACUGGAUGAUAUUGGUUCACUGCAGGGAAGUUUGGUCCUGUGCCUGGCAUUGACAUGGUUUUUAAUUUACCUCUGUGUUAUCAAGGGAAUCAGGACCUCAGGAAAGGUGGUUUAUUUGACCGCUACACUUCCCUACCUUCUUUUGACCGUUCUGCUCAUCAACAAUCUCACACUGCCGGGUUCGUUGGAUGGAGUAGUCUUUUUCAUAAAACCAAAUUUUAACUCGUUGGGAAAUAUCCAGGUUUGGUUACAGGCAGCUAUACAGGUGUUCUAUUCCCUGGCGAUUGGAUGGGGAGGAACAAUCAUAACACUAUCAAGUUACAAUUCCUUCAACAACAACUGUCUCAGAGAUUCUAUUCUCCUGUCGAUUGCCGGUGAGGGUUCCAGUGUAUUCGGUGGAUUUGUAAUAUUUUCUGCUCUUGGAUUCAUGGCACAUAAGGCAAAUGUCCCUGUUGGUGAGGUUGUCAAGUCCGGUCCAGGUUUAGGUUUCAUGGCCUACCCUAUGGCAGUGGCACAGAUGCCCCUUCCCAACCUCUGGGCAGUUCUGUUCUUUCUCGCCAUGAUGACAUUGGGGGUUGACAGUAUGUUUACGCUUGCUGAAGUAAUAUAUGCGUAUUUUGAGAGUUGUUUCAAGAUUUUGAAGGAAAGACAAAUCAUUUCAAGGGCAUGUUUUUCAUGCCUUGGCUUUUUGCUCGGAUUACCGUUUUGCACGGAGGGUGGAAUAUACAUAUUCCAGCUAUUAGACUGGUAUUGUGCUGCCUUUGCUCCGCUUUUCUGUACCAUGGUUGAAUGCCUAUCAAUAUCCUGGGUGUAUGGUGCCGAGCGAUUUUCGAGGGACGUCGAAAUGAUGAUCGGGAGGAGAAUACCUGCGUAUAUCAGGCUAUUUUGGUGUUUUCUUGCCCCGAUUAUCUUGCUAAUGUUGAUGGCGACAAGUUUGUUGGCAUACGUGCCGCCUAUAUACGGGGACUACGUAUACCCGAGAUGGGCCGCGCAGCUCGGAUGGGUGUACGCCAUUUUUCCCAUAGUGCCAAUCUUUACUGUAGGAUUGAAAGUCGUGUACAAAUCAACAGGGGAAACGGUGUGGCAGAAGUUACAACAGUCAGUAAAACCUACAUCAGAUUGGCGCCCAGCAGUGGACAAAGGCGAUUAUCUGUAUCUUACUUGGGAAACUAGCGGUACCGUCACACACAGAAUUCUAUCAAACCUCGGAUUUAGAAAGAGGAAUAUUGUUGUUUGA